GAAAUAGUGGAAGAGGCGUGAAAAGAUACCUCGGGAUAAACAGCGUUGGCAUACGUCAGAGCAGAGGCUUCCCCUGUGAUUGUGAUCUCUUCUUGCCCUAACUGGCAUACGCGUUAGGAAAGGUUCACCGUUGGCUGCCCUCCACUUGCCCAAUUCUUGUCCAUCACUGUGCCAGAGCCGGAUAGAUAUGGAGGGAAGCAUACGUAGUUACUCCAUCUGUGACUUCAUCCCUCAACUGGCCGGGUGUCAGUCAUCACUCUGUGGGACCCGCUGCACCGGUUAACUAGUAUACACCACACAAGACAUUCCCGACCUUCCGGCUGAGUGCUACUUAUGAUAUGGCCUCUUAUCCCAACGGGCGAACCAGUUCUCCCUUCACGGAAAGUUACGAGUUUUACAGCAGUGAUUUCGCCAGGCUCAGCAUCAUGUCGGACGCCUUAAGAGAUAAAGUCGAUGCCAAUUAUGAUGAUAUUCUCGAUGCCCUAGAAGACUUGCACGAAAUCCCUAACAUUCUCCGCGAAGGCAUUCUGUUUACUGGUGGUGCGGUGGCAAUUCUACUACAAGCUGCAGCGCGUGGGGUACUGGAAGAAAAGUCAACGCUUACAAACGGCGCCGGGAGGCCAAAUGCAAUAUCAGAACAGUUGUAUCAUAAUCUGUACACGACAGUGAUCUAUCUCCACGGAUUGACUUUUGGAACCAGAAGCCAGCGAAAGCAAGUUCUGGAUCGGACGCAUUCACAGGAUCAAUCAAAUGAAGGAGCAAAGGUUCACGGUCAAUAUCCACUUGACCCGAAACUGCGACUGUGGGUCACUGCGACACUAUAUGCGACUGCGACAGAGGUCUACCAGCGCGUUUUCGAGAAAUUGGACCUUCAGCGUGCCGAGCGAGUAUACUACGAGUUCUCCUUGAUGGCUGUAGGUCUGAACUUGUCCAAAGACUCGUGGCCUCAGAGCCGAAAAGCAUUCUGGGAUUAUUGGGACGAGCACAUUGAGCUUCUGGAUGUUGACCCUCAGGCACUCCCGAUUGUCGACGGCCUCGAAAAGCUACGCGAUCUUCCUGGAUGGCUCAGGGUGUCGAAGCCUUUUAUUAGGAAUAUCACACCAGAGAUGCUACCACCACAUGUGCGCGAGCAAUACGGCUUCCAAUCGACAUCAACAAGUCGAUUCAAGUAUAAAUUGUAUAUGAAUGGCGCUAAGGCUAUAUACCCAGCUUUGCCUAGCUCCAUUCGAUGUCUCCCAAAGAAGAGGGCAAUGAAAGAGUUGGAGGAUAUGUUGCAGAAGAAGUAAAUGAGGAAAGGACUUUGAGCAUCCCAGCGUUUUUACCGAGUCAGUUCCAUUCGUUCCACAAAUUUUCUGGAUUAGUUUAUCCUGAACAAGAUUGGCAUGUCUAGUUUAAAGAUGUAUAUAUUCAUG